AUGAACGGCGCCAAAGCGACUCCAACGGUGGCCGAUCUUGCCGCAAUGACGACCGAAGAGCGCAUGGCCGGCAUGGAACACUCUGAAGUUCGCUACUUUACAAGCUACGACCAUCAUGGUAUCCACGAGGAAAUGCUGAAAGAUGAAGUGCGAACUCGAUCCUACCGGGAUGCAAUCUACCAAAACGCCCAUCUCUUCAAAGACAAGGUGGUCCUUGAUGUAGGCUGCGGUACGGGUAUCCUAAGCAUGUUCGCUGCAAAGGCAGGUGCAAGGCAUGUGAUCGGAGUCGACAUGUCCAGCAUCAUCAACAAAGCGAAAGAGAUUGUCGAAGUGAAUGGACUCUCGAAAAAGAUCACACUAUUACAAGGAAAGAUGGAAGAGGUGGAAAUGCCCGAGCAACACUUGAACAAUGGCAAAGUCGACAUCAUAAUCUCAGAAUGGAUGGGCUACUUCUUGCUCUAUGAAAGCAUGCUCGAUACGGUCCUGUAUGCGCGAGACAAGUAUCUCAACCAAGGAGGCAAGAUUUUCCCUGACAGAGCCACAAUCUACAUGGCUGCGAUCGAGGAUGGCGAGUACAAGGAUGACAAGAUCGGGUUCUGGGACAACGUGUAUGGCUUCGACUACAGCCCGAUGAAGGAGAGCGCCUUGAGUGAGCCUCUGGUCGACACAGUUGAAAUGAAGGCUCUCGUCACCGACCCUUGCCCUGUGUUCACCAUCGACCUCAAUACCGUGACCGCACCACAACUGGCAUUCUCAGAGCCAUUCCAACUGCGUUGUCAAAGAAACGAUUUCAUCCAUGCCCUGAUUGCUUGGUUUGACAUUGACUUCACCGCAUGCCACAAGCCCAUUCGAUUUUCGACAGGCCCACAUACGAAAUACACCCACUGGAAGCAGACCGUUUUCUACCUCAGAGAGGUCCUUACCGUCGAGGAGGGAGAGACAGUGACUGGAUUCUUAUCGAGCAAACCCAAUAACAAGAACAAACGGGACUUGGACAUCAAGAUUGACUAUGAACUCGAGACGGCCGACCGGACUCGUUUUGCUCGUGGGUCAAAUGAUUACAAAAUGUAA